ACAGACCGAGCAGAGAGAAAAAAGAAAAAGGGGGGGAGAAAGGAAGCGGAGUGAGGCGCUGAGCGGGUGUUGUCAGGAGGAAAUGCUCUGUGUUCCUGCCUCGGUCCUUUAGCUAUCACCUCCUCUGUGGGUAUUUACACACCUUUACAGCCGCUUUUUUUAAAAAGUGGAGCACCGGGGCUGGGAGCAGCGCACUGUGGCGGUAUGAGCCCAGACCACAGCUGAACCGGACGACCAUGGCUUCGGUGCGGAUUGUCGGCAAAGUUACGGCGAGACUUUUGGGAAGUGUUCAGCCUCUCCACUGCGGUGUCAGACACACUACGUUGCUUCACCAGAUUCAACACAGACAACCUUCACUGGGAAAGCGUCCAGCUCUUUUCUUCAGUACACUUGCGCCCUCUGGAGAUGUGUCUUUAAAGUACAAAUAUGGCCGUUUAGUCCUGGAGGCCCCGUUGCCGUCCAGGAACGAGAAGUGUCUGUUCUUCCUCAGGCCCAUGCUGAUGAGCGUAGGAGACCUGAUCGACGAUCUGCAGAGAGAGGACCCAGGAGCCACCGCUUCUGUCUUGUCCACAGACGGAGAACGUGUUGCCAACACCACGCUGAUAGACGCUCUGCUGGACAAGGACUUUCAGCUCGUCAUCAACGAUGCAGUUUAUAACGUCAGCUCUCCUGAAAAGGUCUGCACGUCCAGCGAACACGCCAGGGACCUGGAGGACAUGAAACAUGUGGUGCACCUGCUGCACACGGCGCUCCACCAGCCUGAACACCACCUGCUGAAGGAGAGGCAGCUGCUGGAGAAGCUGGACAACCUCCAACAGGAGCUAUCACCUAUGGAGAAGAUGAAGGCGCAGCUGUCCCGUUCAGCAGAGUUCCACGCCUCCAGGAGUCUCUGGACCGGCAUGGCCGUGCUGUCUGUGCAGGGCGGCGCUCUGGCCUGGCUCACCUGGUGGGUCUAUUCAUGGGACGUCAUGGAGCCCGUCACUUACUUCAUCACCUACGCCACCAGCAUGGGAGCUUUCGCCUAUUACGUCCUCACCAAACAGGAUUACAUAUACCCAGAUGCUAAAGACAGACAGUUCCUGCGUUACUUUUACAAGGGGGCCAGCAAGAAGAAAUUCAACGUGACAAAAUACAACGAGCUGAAGGAUGAGCUGGCUCAGGUGGAGGACGACCUGAAACGUCUGAAAUAUCCGACUCAGCUCCAGCUGCCACUUGAACACAUUCAGCCAAAGCCAUAGACGAAGCCAUGAAUAACAGCCACUCACACUUUACCAGAGCAAAAACAAAUUUCCUGCUUUAUUUUGAUAAUGGCGCCUUUUUUUAGGAAUCCAUAUCAUUCUGAGUUUUGUUUACUACCUUGAUAAUGACGCCAACUGUAUCCUUGAGAAAUAUACACAGUCUGAUGAUGAAUGAAAUUAAAAAAGUAUUUCCCCAAA